AUGGGCUCCAACCUACCAUAUGCCGCGGACGCAGAGAGCCCGCUCAAACCGGCCGAACUCCAAGUCCUGCGCGCCCAGUACGAGAAAGAAGGCGACUACGUCGGCAUCCAGACCAAGUUCAACUUCGCCUGGGGCCUCAUCAAAUCCCCCUCCCGCACCGACCAACAAGAAGGCGUGCGCCUCCUUUCCGAGAUCUUCCGGGCCGCGCCCGAGCGCCGCCGCGAAUGCCUCUACUACCUGGCGCUGGGCAACUACAAGCUGGGCAACUACGGCGAGGCGCGGCGCUACAACGACCUCCUCUUGGAGAAGGAGCCCGCCAACCUGCAGGCGGCCAGUCUGGGGUCCCUGAUCGAGGAGAAGGUGUCCAAGGAGGGACUCUUGGGCAUUGCCAUUGUGGGCGGGCUGGCGUUGGCGGCUGGCGUGGUGGGGGGCAUUGUGUUGCGGGGCACGAAGAGGCGGUAA